AGGAAGAAGAAGAAGAAGCGUUCAUCCAAUCAUCAAGCAGCGACUGGCGCUAAGCGGAAAAGGUUACAGUUUAUCAUUUCUUUCAAGCGUUGGGAACAACUGAGAGGAUGUCCUGUAACGCCAGUGUAACCAGAGUUCAACUUAAAUCACCUGUGGGCCAGGCACCGAGAGUCCCUGUCCACCUGAUGCCCUGUGAGAUUGAACACGAGGGGCCGGCUCAGGUCUCACAAUAUUUGACUGCUACCACAAAAAACAGCAAACAAGAGAAGACAGUGUCAUUCAGAGGACGCAGGUUGAAGGGGCAGGAGCUCAGCUGUCCACAGGGUUUCACCGGCUUAGUUCUGAAAGAGAUCAACAAACCUGGCUCUGACCAAGAGGACAGGACGGUGAAGUUGUCAUCUGUUUUUGACAAGUUAACCUACUGGAACCUGGAGACACCUCCAAACUCCGAUGACACAGUUGUGAUGGCAAUGGAUUGGCCAGAGUUGGCUGAGGCGAUCCACGGGCCAUUGGAGGACUAAAGAGAGACUCACUAAGAGGUGGCAGGUUGGUGUCACCUCUGCAUGUUACAAAUGAAGUGUUCAGUUUGCUUGUUACUGGCUACAAUCAGUGAGAACACUGAAGAGAUCCUAGCCAGUUCUGUGUUACAUACAGAUGUAACGUUUAUAUUUUUGUAUGCCAUGUUCUUCUUUAGUAAAAUAAAGAAAACAAAGAUAUGUUGUUGA